UGGUUUGCAGCUUUCGUCAUCGAGUUUAUUGUCAUCUUUAUACUGAAUGCUUUCACUCUUGCCAUCUACACAAGAAACCGUCACUUACGCAAGCCCAGUACGUACCUGAUAAUAAAUCUGACCGUGGCUGAUUUACUGGUGGGAACAGUGACCGGAUCUUCGAUGUCAUUCGAACUACAUAACCUAGAGACGGAUCUGGGUCCGGAACAAGAUUUUAGCUGGCAAUCAUUCGUGCAAUUCACAUUACAGGAGCUUUUUUUAGUUGCUUCUUUUGCUAAUAUUUCAUUGAUUUCUUUAGAGAGGUUACACGCAACACGUUUUCCCUUUAGGCAUUGUCUUGUUGGAAAAAGGGUUUACCUAAUCAUUAUUUUGUGUAGUUGGUUGUUCUCCUUGAUCUUGUCAUCCGUGUUUAUUCUUCUUUCUUUGCACGCAUCGCCGGCUUUACUGUAUGUUUAUGCAUCUUACUAUUUUCUGAUCAUUCUCAUUCUCACAGUUUCAUAUGCUAUAAUCAUCUCAACUGUCAAAAACAAUCCU